CAUUGUUCUGUACCAUACUGACUAUGUAUACCUCGCUACAGGCUGGAAGCCGCGACUUCCCGCUUGGAAGACAUGGCGAUGUCGCUGGACGACCCAAACUCGCCCAAGACCAUCGGUGCUGUCGCUGCGCCUGAAACAGCCACACCCGAGACUCCCAAACUGGCUCCUCCAGCGACUCCCGCAGCCCCCCCCGUGCCGCCUCAGAUCCAGGACUUUGACGCACUGAUCAACGGGGAUGUGCGGACCUUCGUGGAGUUGGGACAGAAAAUCGACGGAUUAGUCGGAGAGCAGUCAAGAGCCGUCCAGCAAGCCUUCGAAGCCGAGCGUACUUACCUUUACGUUUCAACCAAAGCCAAGAAGCCCGAUCAGCAGCCCCCGGAGCUCAUGACGGAGCUCCACAAUGCCUCGGACAGCAUCAACAAUAUUCGUGAGUCCAACCGGGCAUCACAUCUGUUCAAUCACCUCAGCGCGGUGGCAGAGGGCAUCGUUGCUCUGGGCUGGUUCUUCGCCAGCAAGCCGGCCGAUUUCGUCACCGAGAUCGUUGGUGGGAUUGAGUACUACGGAAACAAGGUGCUCAAAGACUACAAGGAGAAGGAUCGCACCCACGUCCAGUACAUCCAAGCCUACUAUCAAAUCUUCAAGUCGCUCGCCGCCUACCUCAAGAAACACUAUCCUAAGGGUCUUACCUGGAACGAUCAGGACGGUAUCGACGCCCAAGAAGCUCUCAGACAGGUCAAGAGCGGCGGCAGCUCCGCUUCAUCCCCUAGUGAAAGUAGAGCCGCCCCCCCUCCCCCUCCCCCUCCUCCAGUACCAACCAUCAACGUCUCCGGCGGCAAUGGCGGCGCUCCUCCCCCUCCCCCUCCACCCCCUGGCGUCCCCCCUCCGCCCAGCGCCUCCAGCCCUUCUCCCGACAUGUCCGCUGUCUUUGACCAAUUGAACCGCGGCGAUGCCGUCACCUCCGGCCUACGCAAGGUCGACAAAUCCGAGAUGACGCACAAGAAUCCCAGCCUACGAACCAGCUCCGUGGUGCCCGAGCGGCCCAGCUCGCAAGGCAGCUCCGUCUCCUCGCCCACCUCGCGGGCGCGGUCCCCAGCCCCGCCAUCUACGAAGCCCAAGCCCGAGAGCAUGCGCUCGCGUAAGCCGCCACGCAAGGACCUGGAGGGCAAUAAGUGGUUGGUCGAGCACUUUGACAACCCCGGCGGCAUCGUCGAGAUCAGCGCGCAGCAGAACCACUCAAUCCUGAUCUCGCGCUGCAACAAGACCAUCAUCAAGGUCAACAACAAGGCCAACGCCAUCUCCAUUGACAACUGCACCGGCCUGUCCAUCAUCGUCGACUCGCUCGUCAGCAGUCUCGACGUCAUCAAGUCCUCCAAGUUCGCCCUGCAGAUUGACGGCGUCGUCCCCACCCUGCUCUUAGACCAGGUCGACGGCGCCACCAUCUAUCUGAGCCAGCAGAGCUUGGCCACCGAGGUCUUCUCCAGCAAGUCCACCGCCAUCAACGUCAUGCUGCCCCCUAAGGAGGGCACCGAUGACGAUACCAAGGAGUGCCCGCUCCCUGAGCAGAUCAAGUCGUAUGUCAAGGAUGGUGUCCUGGUGAGCGAGAUUGUGGAGCACGCUGGUUAAACCCAAGCUUCCUACUCUGUUUGCCCGCCCUCCUCGGGCGUGAUAACCCCUCCGAGAUGGGGUCAAGUUGAUUUGGUGUAUGUAGCAUCGGACAGGGAGGUGAUCCCGGCCUGCUCCGUGCCCGUAACUUAGAUUUACUAUGUAGAUAAGGAUUUAACUAAAUCACACUUUUGGUGUUCAACGCAUUUUC